GACUAAGCUUUUAUGUUUGUGGUUGAUACUGAUACGUUUUUUGCUAUAAAAGUCAAAGUUUGUAAGACUGAAACUCAAGGAGUAGAAAGCAAAACUCUAUAGAGUCCAUUCUAGGCAGCUGUCAGAAUGAAGGCCUCUCUUGUGUUCCUAAUCCUGCUGGUGGUUGCUGAAAGUAUCCUAUCAGCUCCCAACAAGAUAGCAGCACUGAGUGAAAUGGGCACUUACUCUAUGGUGUUUGAAGGGGUUACAUACACAUAUUAUUCAUCUCCAUUGACAUUUAAUGCAGCUGAGGCAUCAUGUAAACGUACAGGCUAUAAAGGGCACUUGGUGUCCAUCCAUUCUCAUUCACUGAACCUGUUCCUUCUUCAUAUGGUGAAGCACUUUAGUGCUAAUGUACAGCAAGUGUGGAUUGGAGGGAAGAGAAGUCGAUACAAUCAAAACUUUUAUUGGACUGAUGGGAGUCGCUGGAACUAUUGGUACUGGGGCAGUGGUUCGCCCUCGUAUUCCCGAAAUCAUCAGGCAUGUGUGAUGAUGAGUACAGCAAAUCCAGGAUAUUGGCGUGACACACUCUGUCACUACAGAAGAGCAUACGUUUGUGAACACUGAAAAGGAAAGAAGUAACUCGUACAAGAGCUGCAUUCAUUUUUGCUUGACUUGCUUGCUGCAUUAUAAGAUACACGAUCUGUUUCUUUUUCUGUUCUAUCAAGGAAAUUUAUAUAUAAUCCUUAACGGAGGCUAGUUUAUAUUGAAUUUGGAAAGAUUCAACUAAUUAUUGUGAAUGAUGCCACUUUUAAUUCAUUCUCUCAGAAAGGAAAUUAAACACAUUUUGUUUAUAAUAUGGUGAUUUUCUCAGGUUUUAUGGACUAUCUGUUCCCUUCAUUCAGACAAAAUACCAUGCAUGUUUUUAAGACCAUGGGAACUUGGGAGUAGUCUCUAUUAAUUAUGACAUGACAAUAUGCUUCUGCAUUUUAAAAAGGAAUGAUCUGAGCUGUAUUUACUGGUAAAAAUGAAAAUUACAGCCUAUCAUUUCUGGAUGUUUCAUUUAUGAGUUCUAAAAUAAACAUUGCAAAACCAUUUAAAAUACA